AUGCCGCCGACCGUGGCCGUCGUGGGGGGCGGCAUCAGCGGCCUGGCCGCCUGCUACCACCUGGCCCGCGGGCCCCGCCCGCCCAAGGUGCUGCUGCUGGAGGCCAGCGCCCGCCUGGGGGGGUGGCUGCAGAGCACCCGCACCGCCGACGGGGCCGUGUUCGAGCACGGGCCCAGGGGCAUCCGCCCCGGGGGGGCGGUGGGCGCCGACACCCUGCACAUGGUCUCUGAGCUCGGCCUGGAGGGUGACGUCCUGCCUGUCCCUGGGGACCACCCGGCCUCCAGGAACCGCUUCCUCUACACCGGUGGGGCCCUGCACAAGCUGCCCUCGGGCCUGGGGGGCCUGCUGCGGCCAGUGCCCCCCUUCUCGCGGGCACUGCUCUGGAGUGGGGUGCGAGACCUGCUGGCACCAGCCGGGACAGAGGCCGAUGAGAGCGUGCACGCCUUUGUUCAUCGCCGCUUCGGCCGGGAGGUGGCCGACAUCGCCGUGGACAGCCUGUGCCGGGGGGUGUUCGCUGGGGACUGCCGGGCACUGAGCGUCCGUUCCUGCUUCCCCGUCCUCUUUGAGGCUGAGCGGCGCCAGCGAUCCGUCCUGCUGGGCCUGGCGCUGGGCUCCAGAAAGGAGCGUGGGGCUGAGUCGGGGCUGAGACAGCGUGCGCAGGCUGAGCGCUGGAGCCAGUGGUCGCUGCGAGGCGGGAUGGAGAGCCUGGCUGAGGCGCUGGCGGCCUUCCUGCGCCCGCGCGGCGUCGAGCUGCACUGUCACGCGCCCCUGCGCCGCCUGCGCCGCUGCCCCAACGGCCGCUGGCAGCUCACCCUGGCAGACGGCACUUUGACGGCCGACCACGUGGUCAGCGCCCUCCCGGCCACAGCCCUGGCUGAGGUGCUGCCAGCUGAGGCCGAGCCGCUGGCACAGGAGCUGCGGCGCAUCCCAUCCGUGUCGGUGGCCGUGGUGAACCUGCAGUAUGAGGGUGUCACGUUGCCCGUCACGGGUUUUGGGCACUUGGUGCCCUCCUCUGAGGACGCCUCCCUUCUGGGCAUCGUCUAUGACUCUGUGGCCUUCCCCCAGCACGAUGGCGCAGGGCCCGCCUCAGUGCGGCUGACGGUAAUGCUGGGAGGCGCCUGGUUCCAGCAGAGCUUCGGGGACCCAGCGGCGGUGGCGCCGGCACUGCUGCUGCGGCGGGCGCAGGCAGCCGUGCGAGAGCAGCUGGGCCUGGAGCCAGCCCCAACCCGCUCCAUUGUCAGGGUGCACCAGGCCUGCAUCCCCCAGUACACGUUGGGCCACUGGCAGCGCACAGAGCGCAUCGCCCGCUUUCUGGCAGAGCAGCGGCUGCCUCUCAGCCUCAUCGGGGCCUCCUAUGCCGGCGUCUCCGUCAACGACUGCAUCGCCAGUGCCAAAGCGGCUGUUGGGCAGCUGCUGGGGCAGCCCCACUGAGCCCCGGCAUCCUCGUGUCCCCUUCCAGCACCCAGCAGUCCCACGGCACUAGGACAAAGUUUUUUUUAAUUGAAAAACCCUUAUAAAGGUCCAGGGAGCAGCUCAUAAAUAGAAUAAAUAACUGCACACCGGCAGCGCCGCCAUCUUCAGGCACCCACAGCCUGCGGGGAGACGGAGCCAGGCAAACCCCAGGGCCCUGGUUCACCCCGACCACGGCUCUCCCUGCCCCCCUUUCCAGGGGAGACCCCCAGUACCAGGCACCAGCCUCAGAGCCAGCAGCUCCCCCAGUGGUUGCCCCCAGGGCUCGCUACUCCCCCGAGUCUCUGCAGCGAGGCCGCAGCACGACCAGCCCGGCUGCAGCUCCCCCACCCUGCACCCAACGGGGGUUCCUUCCCAGCACUGGGUCACGGCAAGCAGAGUCCACGUGGGGGCCACGGUGGCCAGUGGCUAGCGGGCACCUUGGGCCAGGCUCUGGUUGUCGCCGCGGGCAGGCAGGGUUCCCUCCUCCUGUGCCACAGCUGCAUUGGCACUGUUCCCCGGGUGGGCAUUGCCCUCCCUGGCAACCUCAGGGCUGCGCUGGGUGAUCCCCAGUGCCAGGGGGGAGGCGGCACCGCCCCGGGUGCCAUUACUCUCCGAGGGCUGCUGCGCGGUGGCUGCGGGCAGCCGGGGGGACA